CAGACUCACUUGACGCUACAGACUCAAACAUACUGAAAUCCCAUUAUACACAUUUGUCCCAGCAGCGCCCCUGUCGACCUCGGCGCCAGAACGUCAGUGAUCACGUGUUCUCUACUACGAUUCGCUGAAGUUGGAGAAAAGUUUGCCAAACCUGUAGAUCAUCAAGAGAGCCAGAGAUUUGCCGAAGAUCCAGAGAGGUGACAUCGAUUAAGGUUCUUUAUCUCCAGACACACGAUGGAAUCCGUCGCCCAGAAAGUGCUGUCUUCGGGAUUCACUCUUGACUUGGGACCACUGAAAGAACCGUUGGCAUUCAUCCGUUUGCUAGAAUGGGUGUUCUCCAUAUUUGCCUUUGCUACAACUGGAGGUUACAGCGGCACAACCAGCAUCAACGUCCAGUGCAGUGGAAGCCCCAUUCAAGAAAUAAAGGCAGCCUUUAACUACCCAUUCUGGUUGAUGCAGCAUCCCUAUUUUGUUCCUGACUGCAAAACCAAUCAAACCACUACCACUGAGUACUACCUGACUGGAGACCACACAUCCUCGGCACAGUUCUACGUCUGCAUCGGAGUGUUGGCCUUUCUCUACACCACUGCCACACUAGUCCUGUACUUGGGCUACCAGCACUUGUAUAGAGAAACUAGUCGUGGCCCCACCGUGGACCUGUUGGUGACAGCUGCCUUCACCUUCAUGUGGUUGGCAUCAUCCUCUGCUUGGGCUAAAGGCUUGUCUGAUGUGAAGUCGGCCACCAGCCCUUCAACUAUUCUAAGUUUUUGUAAGGUUUGCAAGGAGGCCGGCAACAAGUGCACCCCAGGUGCUGUGCCUCAUAUGGGCCGACUGAACGCCUCUGUGAUUUUUGGUUUUCUUAACCUCAUCCUGUGGGGUGGCAACUGUUGGUUCAUCUACAAGGAAACCCCUUUCCACAAAACAGCCAACCCGCCUGCAGAUGUGGAAGGGAGAGUCGGGCCAUCGUAACUCACAAGCUUUCACAUUUCACAAUGUAGUGUUAUUAAAUAAGUCAAUUUGGUACUAAUUGUUAGGAAUAAAAUAAAGUAGAUUAGAAGCUAUACAUUUCCAAAAAUUACUGUUCCUUUUUUGCUAAUUCUUAUUUUUACAUUUAGGGCUCAAAUACCAUAGCCCAAUACCAGUAUCAUCUCAAAUACAUUCAGAAAAGGUGCUUGAGAUGAUCAUAGUCACAUUCAUAGAGGAAAUUGUAGCAGUCAAAAAAGUAAUUCUCAUAGAUGCUCAGUUGGUAUUUUUUAAAACAUAUUUUUACCCAGGUAUCCAAAACAAAGAGUCCCUUAUGUCAAGUGGUACUGCAGAUGUGGACUGUGCAGCCUUAUGGCGAUAAAUCAGAAUGAAGCAUCAUAAAGCAUGUCAAACUCAACUGCCAACGGUAUUUCUGUACCAUGAAACAUUUCAGCAAUCAGCAUUUUCUUAAAAAAAA